AUAAGGUAUUCAUGUUGAUAGAAAGAUCAGGCUUUUACACCUGAAAUGUACACCUAGUGGAAUAUGUGCGUCUGGAGCCAAACAAGCUUGGGGAGCACCUGAACAUUCGGGUUCUUCUGUUAUUCAACUUAUAGGCUUGCCGAAUCAGCUGCCAUCCACCACACUUUCCAUUCCUCUGGAUCUGCUCCCAUAGAUCUCCAGCGCCAUCAUGAGUGACGAUAAAGAGGGACAAGGUGAGGACAAAGGUGCCAAAAAAGAACCAAAGCUUGACAGCAAGGGCAGCUUCAACUUGAAGGCCAGCAAACUUCUUAGAAGAAGUCGAAGUAACGACUCAGAAAACCACUACCGCGAGAGCCGGCGAGGAAGAGAACAGGACAGGAAACAGGACGUUAAGAGACCACGGGGUCGCAGCGAGGAGAGGAGAAGGCCACACUAUGACCCAGAACCAAAUAACCCCGAGAAGGAGCAAGCUACGGAUGACCUGGAGGACCUCGAGUGCAUCGUGUGCUUCUGCAACUUCGACAAUGUCUUUAAAGCCCCCAAGUUGCUUUCCUGCGGUCACACGUUCUGUCUGGAAUGCCUCGCGCGUAUCAACGUGAAUUCGGCCGAGCUCAAGACGCUCACGUGUCCCAUUUGCAGAGAGCCGACGGAAAUCCGCCACGGCCGAGAUCUGCCACAUCUGGGAAAUAAUGAGGACAUCUUCCGCAAGCUUCCCCCCGACAUGCAGAGGGUACUGUCCGUACGCUUCCAAAGAAGUAAGGGCAAACUGGUCCUCAAAAAAAAUUCCUCAGGCCCCGUCAAGACCACUUUGAAUAUACCAGUGUUUAAAAAGAAAGAAGAGCAGGUACCCAAUUACCCCCUCGAAGCCAUGGAGGAAGGGCUCGGCUCAGCGACUAUGAUCAAUGUAGGGAGACCUCCUAGCAGGAUGAGAAGUCAUAUGAGAAGGUUUCUGUAUUCCAACCAGUGCUACUACACAACAGUGGCGGGCAUUAUAGCGGUCACUGUAGCUCUUAUGCUAGUCGGGAUCUUUACCUUUGUGAUUAUGCCCCAUGUGAGACCAGUAGGAAACUCUAACAUUACCCCAACCGAAAGGCCUUGAUGGAUGAGAAAUGACACAAUGGUUGAAGAUUAAAAACAAAGCAAGUUGGAUUCUUGGUGGAGCCCAGUCCAUUACACAAUGCUGUAUGGAGUACAAUACGUUGUUGCUUUUAUGUUUGCGUAUAUGUGAAAUGCUACACAAUAGACAUGAACUGGAUAAACAAUAAAAUAUUUUACAGAGUAAUUGUUAUGCAAAGGUCUCUGGGAACGAGAGGUGGCAAUGACGUCUUUCUGUCGAUGACGUUUGGUGUUUAUUGAACUGUGAAUUCAUUUAAUUAUUGGUUAAAAAUAUUUUUUUUCUGAAAGGGCUGGAUCUGGUUAGAAAAAAAUAUGUACAAUAUCACAUGAAGAAAAUCUUUCUAAACAAUGCUAUUGAUCUCCAUUCAAAGUAUACAUCGGAAAAAAUUAAUGGAAGGUGAUAAAAUGUUCCUAUUACUAAUGAGUAAUUGUUUUUACAUAUGCUGCAUAACGUAAUUACUAUAUUGUAACAUUUUAUGUUCUGCACUGUAUGUUCAUUAAAUGUCCUAUUAUUUUGCACAAAUGGGGAGAGGACAAAAUAACUAAACUUGUUUGCCCUCAUUCUCCAUGUGAGUAACCUUAACCUUCCCUGAGACUCAAACCUAUGACCUUGAAAUUGCUUGGCCAUGUGCUGUCAGUUGGGUCAUGUCACGCAAUAAUGAAACAUAUUUUGUUUUCAGUAGCGCACAUGAAGGGCUGUUUUGAGUUAUGCUGGUCAUGCAGGUUAAUGCAUAAAGAAAAAACUGACUUCAUGCUAGGAUAUAUACAAUAUACACAGAAGCUCCUGUAUAGCUGUGAGCAUUGUGUCAGCAUUGCAAAAGGUCAUUGGUUCGAACCCAAAGGACACAUGUUGACUAAAUGUACACUUUGUAAUGCACUGUAUGUUGUUUUGGAUAAAUGUGUGUGUGCCAAAUGUGUAAAUGUAAAUGAUACAACAAAUAACAGUGCAAUAUUAUUAUACACCGUAGCUUUCUGAAAUACUUGAUUGUAAUUUGGCAGUAGUUCAAACGUUUUUGAAUAAGGACCAAUAAACUGUUAAAUGAGAA